AUGUCUGAAAGGAGUUAUAAGAAAAUCAACAUUGAACCCUUCUAUGUUGGUGCUGCAAACGCAACCAUCUCAGGUGACGGUGCAUUGCAAGCUACAGCAGUGUUGGAAGAUGUAAUUAUAAUCGAUAGGAACAGCAACAAAGUUCUACAUACAAUCCAGGGUGACGGAUCAGAUGUUACUACUUUGAGGCUGUCUCCGGAUGGUUCAAAACUGGCUAUUGUUUACUUGUCCCAACAGCUGAAGCUUUUCGAUGUAACUAAAGGUCAAUUUUACAAGUCAUACAAACUCUCUGCUGCUUCUUAUAUUUCAGCUUGUGACAGAACCUCUUCGCUUUUUUCAUUUGGUCUUACCGAUGGAAGUGUUAUUGUAUGGGACAUUGAAGGUUCCUUUAUCACGCAUAACUUCAAAGGGCAUGGUUGUACCGUUUCUGCUCUCUGCUUUUAUGGUGACUUCAAUUCAAAAAAUUGGAAAGUGGCUAGUGGUGAUAUCAUGGGAACAGUGAAAGUUUGGGAUCUGGUCAAAAGAAAAAAUGUUUUCACAGCAAAGGAACACAAUGCGGCGGUCAGAGGUGUCAAUUUUGAUCCUACAGGCGAACUUUUUGUAUCAGCUGGUAGGGAUAAUCUGUUAAUGCUUUACAGUACAAAGAGAUGGACUGAAAUCAAGUCUAUUCCAUUAGAGCUGUCUAUUGAAUCAACAGGAUUUAUUGAAGUAGAGGGAACAACGUACAUAUAUACCGGUGGUGAAGGCUGCGUUCUACAUAUAUGGGAUUUCAAGCAAGAGCGUUUAUUUGCAAAGACUAAGAAGCCUCUUGAAACCAGUGAAGAACUUUCAAUUACGGAGAUAAUACAAAUUCAAGAAGACAAUCAAAAAUUGAUUCUUGUACUUUCAGAUCAAACCAUAUUAGACGUUGACCUGUCAACUGACUUAAAAGAUAAUAAUUAUAUUAUUCCAGUAACGAGAAUAAUGGCAGGUAAUCAUGGUACUAUUGCUGACAUUCGAUAUGUUGGCUCAAACAAGAAUUUACUAGCAAUGGCUACGAACUCACCUUCUUUGAGAGUUGUUGAUCUCUACAAUACCCCGUUAGAUGUGGAUAUAUAUGAAGGCCACACAGACCUUCUUAAUAUGUUAGAUGCUUCUGUAGACGGUAAAUGGUUAGCAACCGCAUCUAAGGAUAAUACAGCUAGAGUCUGGAAACUUGACGAAGAUAAUGGUAAAUUUGAAUGUUAUGCAGUUUUUGAAGGCCAUGGUUCUUCUGUUACAGCAGUUGGUUUACCAAGAGAUUUGUUCACUGGUCACCCAAAAUUUCUUAUUACAGCCUCUGAAGAUUUGACAAUCAAGAAAUGGACCAUUCCUAAGCCUCCAAAGAGUAGCGACAUGUUACCACUAUCUGUGAAAAGUGCCGAUUAUACCAGAAAAGCGCAUGAGAAAAUGAUUCAUGCAAUUGACAUUUCUCCUAACAAUGACUUUCUGGCUACUGCAAGUCACGACAAAACUUCCAAAAUUUGGGAUUUGAACGGAGGUGAAACUUUGCAUGUCUUACGUGGUCACAAAAGACCUGUCUACGAUAUAUCUUUUUGCCGUUAUGACAGAUUGAUUGUGACAGCUUCCGGUGAUCAAACUGCCCGUGUGUGGAACUUGGAAGACGCUUCUUGUAUAAAGAGUUACGAAGGUUCUUCAAAUGCUGUGCAACGAGUGGAUUUCUUAUGUAAGAAUCAAUACAUUGUGGGAGCUGGUGCUGACGGGUUAAUUAAAAUUUGGGAAGUUAGCUCUGGCGAAUGUGUCAACACUUUGGAUAACCACGACAACCGAAUUUGGGCUUUAAUUGUGAAAAACAACGGCGAAGAAUUUAUUUCGGCAGAUUCGGAUGGUGCUAUCACCAUAUGGCAAGAUAACACAGAGGAAGUCAAUGCUGAAAAGGAAAUUGCUAGAAAAGUUGAAGUUGAAAAAGACCAGGAAUUGCGGAAUUGCAUCUUGCAUGGUAAAUGGGUGGAUGCAUUCAUUUUAGCCUUGGAUUUAGAUCAUCCGAUGAGGCUAUAUAACGUUUUGAAAGAAUGUAUUGCGCAGAAUCAGGACGUAGACUCAAAACUUGGAUCUUUUGAACUUGAAGAAUUGAUUGGAAAGCUCGAAGAAGAUAAAAUCUUGCUAUUGUUUAAAAGAAUAAGAGACUGGAACACCAAUGCUAGAUUGUUCGAGGUUGCUCAAAAAGUUAUCAGAGUUGUUCUAGACAAAUGUGACCUUGACAGGUUGUACCAGAUUAAAGGUAUAAUGCAGUAUAUUGAUGCGAUAGUUCCAUACUCUGAAAGACACUACACGAGGUUUGAAAGUUUGAUAGAACAAAGUUACAUUCUGGAUUACGUUUCCAGAAAGAUGGAUGAAUUAAUUUCUUAA